AAAAAUAUGUGGUGGAAUGGACUUGAAAGAGGGACUGCAGGAUUCAAAGAGCAAAUGUCUUAACCAAACAGGGACAGGGAAACAGACUCAACUCAACAAUGUCAUUUACACUUCAAUCUUCAUUUCUCUCUUCUCCUUCUCGACUCAAGAUUAUUACUUCUAAAUCCACCAUAAAUCGACGUUCAUCCAGGACUUAUUAUCCAUGUAUACGAGCAUUGGAACUUGACCAAAACACGAUAGUGGGUAUUUCAGUUGGGAUACUUAGUGUAGCAGUUGGUAUAGGGAUACCAGUCUUUUAUGAAACUCAAAUUGACAAAUCUGCAACAAGGGAGAACAAUCAACCUUGCUUCCCUUGUAAUGGAUCUGGUUCUCAACAAUGUAGAUUCUGCAUCGGAACAGGCAAUGUGACAGUAGAGUUGGGGGGAGAUGAAAAAGAAGUUUCAAACUGUAUAAACUGUGAUGGUGCUGGAGCUUUAACCUGCACCACUUGCCAAGGCAGUGGCAUUCAACCGCGUUACCUCGACCGAAGAGAAUUCAAGGAUGACGACUAGAGAAGAAAAAGAUCCGGCUUAAAUUGAUUACGACUUUCAAUAUUCAUUUAUCUGUUUAAGAUUGCUACCCAAGGACAGUGUUUAUCUUCUUGUAAUACGUUAUUACCAUUUCAUAGUUGUAACAUUUGUCAAGUGAAAUAUAGAGAUUUGUCGCAACUGCACAGGUGACUAACUUGAGAACAAUUUAUUUCAUAAUUCAAGUUCUGGGCUGUGCUUAAUUGUGUUGGUUCA